GUGUUUAGCAUUUUUUGAACAUAAUGCUAUUAACUAGUUCAACUUUAGAACACUUUUAUAUUAUACCCAUUUAACAUUUAUUUCAUUAAACAUUUGAAUAGGGUUUCCAACGCAAGUGGAUUUUACUUUCGCGCAAUUCCAGGCAAUUCUUCACGAGAACAGUUGCGCACUAUUCCGCGCAACAAAAUUCCGAUUUGAAAACCUACUUUUGAAUAAAUAAGCUAAUUUCAAUGUUAGAAAUAUGAUUAAUGAUAUGAGACUUUAGGAAGUAAAUAUGCUUGUAUUUAGUCAAGAGUAUGUUCAGAAGAUUUCAAAUGUUUUAGGAUGGUUUUGCAACAGGUGUUUACAUUUCAGCUCUUAGGUGAUUAAUAACUCUUGUUAUGGAAUAACCUCCAUUGAUCAUAUUGUAGAAAAAAUGAGAUUUAAAAUCAGCAAAUGUUUAGUGAUCACAAUAUCUUUAGGAAUUAAACUAAUCGGAAUUCUAUCUCUUCUCUGUGGUACCUGGAUACUGUUUAGUCCUACUGUAUCUCUCUACCUAUCCCUACUCCCUCUACCUGCCCUCCUCUGGACAACAAUAUUUCUCCAGCUUGGCGUCUACUUAGUUCUAACCGGUGUACUGGGACUGGUGUCUGCCAUAGGAGAGUCAAGAUGCUACACAAGUCUGUAUAUGAUACUGUUAUGUAUUCUACUGCUGGCUGAAUCUAUAUUCUCUAUUACUAUCCUAAUCUACCAAAUCAACCUAAUUUACUUAGCAAAGGAUACAUUACAGAACAGAUUAUACAGAGAAUACGGAACCUUAGAGUCAUUUAGCAGAGCAGUAGAUCAUUUACAGUUUAAGUUCUCCUGCUGUGGUGUUGUAUCUAGCUCUGACUACAAUAUCUCUGACUGGAGAAUAUCUCAGGAAUUAAAUUUUCCGUUUACAUGUUGUCAACUCAUCAAUAGAGAGUCCCAGCAAGCCUGGGAACGCCCACAGCCUGAAAAUAUCUAUGCUUGUCAGAAUGAACUGGAUUCUAGAGAGAACAGGCAUACUCAGGGUUGUGUGCUGCAAGUGGUAGAGUAUGUGUACAGUUUUCUGCACUCUAUUCUCCUACCUUUUCUACUUUUUAUAUCAGUUCAGGUGGCUGGUGUCAUUGGAGGAUUUUCCAUUUGCCGACGCAUUGAUCGUCAACAAUAUCUUGAUAAAUUCAACAACUUAUGAAAGUACGCCUCGCCUCGAAGCCGGCGACCCAGUGAGUGUUCGGCCGGCGCACUAAGCACGCGCAGAAGGUCCAGCGGGAAUGUUCUCCUGGAUUUGGAUGAAAUCCGGGAAAUAAAACCGGAUGUUGUAAAAGUAGGAGUUCAUACUGAGAGUAUAAAGAUUAAAGAAGAAGAGGAAUUAAAUGAUUAGUAUUAAUGUAAUUAAAUUCAAGUACUCCAAACCUUCUUUUAAAAAAAAUGUUUUCUAUUUUGUAGAUUGUAAACAUUUUCAUUAAAAACUUUGUAUUUUACGAAUUACUGAUUAUUCUUCCGCCUGAAAGAAAAACGAUUUAACUUAUUUAAACUUGUAACUUUAGCGGCAUCUGGCAGAUAAUAGAAUAAAUUAUUUCAGGGCUGAAACUGUUCAGAAUUGGAAAGUGAGAAUUGGCAUUUGAAGAAAAAAAUUAAAACUAUGAUUAUUGUUUACUCCCAACGAACAGUUCAGAUAUAUAUAGUGGUAGGCGAUUAUAUCAAUACAAUGAAGACGACUUUUAAUAUACGUUUCGAUUGUUAAGCUUUUUUUAAUCGACAGCUUCUCUUUGUUUUUAUGUUUAUGUGUAUUCAUGCUGUGUAAAAGCAUGAUAUAAAUUAUAAUUAAAAUCUAACAUUGUCUUCAUUUUAUUAAUUUUUUAGCGAUAUGCGCGGAUUACACGGCCCCUGUACUUUAUUGAAAUAAACAUUUUCUUGUUUUC